CUAAACUUUACGUGCAUAGAAAAAAUAGAAGUACGCCAUAGUUGUUUUGAGGGAACUCGCUUUUUAAUUUACCAUAAUGGAUAAACAAUGUUGAGUUGCAAAUAGAUAAAAAUAUGUGCAUUUAUUGCAACUGUAUCGUUCACAUUAUGCACUAAGCAUAAAAUAUAAUCAUCAUUUGAGUUAAUCUAAGAUUUUUACUAUACAUACACAUAAUAUGCAUAAGCAAAACAUACAUUGUGGUUUAGUCAGUUUUUAUACGCGUAAUAUGUGUUCUAUCUUCGUCUAAUGUUUAUUAUGCAGAUAUAAUCCUACAAUGAAAUUCUGUUAUAAAAUGGCGAAGAAUGAUGGUUUAAAGACUUUUCAUGCAAACACUAUUCAAGAAAAUGAGAGAAUAUUGCACGAGUGUUAUCAAAAAAGUCAAGUGGAAAACAAAAACAAGGAGGAUUUUGAAAAGUUGUUUAUGAAACUCAAUUGCAUCUGUAAAAUAAAAUCAAUAAAAAAGGAAUCACAAUUAAAUUCUUGGUGCAACAAAAACGUUAUAAAUUACACAUAUGGACCUAUCUCAGGAUUUCCAUCUGGUUCAUGGUGGGGUAUUCGAAUGGAUUGUUCUAGAGAUCGUGUUCAUGAUCCUUUCGAUGAAAAUUUUCAAAACGGUCCAUUUGGUGUUACCUCAAUUUGUACUUCAAGUGUUAACUUAAAUGAAGAUGUAGAUUUUGGUAAUUACCUCACUGUUACAGGUCAGAAGUACCUUAAUGGAAAGUUGGACAAAGAUCCACUUGUUAAAAAUUAUGAAAAUCAGAUACCUGUGAGACUCAUUAGAAGUUAUAAUUUAUUAAAUGAAUUUGCACCUAAAACAGGUUAUAGAUACGAUGGUUUGUAUAUUGUGACAAAAUUUUGGAUAGGUGUGAACUCAGAUUCCACAAAAUAUUACAAAUUUGCUUUAUUACGUUUAAAUAAUCAAGAAGCACCAUUAUGGAAUACUAAACAGUCAGUUUUAAAUACAAUUAAAACUUCCUCUGUUCCUCAAUCUACAUCAACAUUUCUCCAACACUGCACAGAUAAUCCCUCCCCAAAUAUGUAUGAAUUUAAAAAAUACUCCCACAGUUCUGAACCCAUCUGUGACAAAGGGAGUUGUGAGAAAUCAAGUGCAUCAUCGCAAUUUUCACAUUUUGAAAGUAAAAACUUAGAUGAUAAGGAGAAAGGUGUUUCUGAAAGUGCAAUAGUAACUCGUCACGUAUUUAAGAAAACAAACAACAACACGGAAUGUACAUCAAAUGUAUCCAGUGUUUCUACUGUCUUAACAAACAAUUCCUUAACUCAUAUUGGAAACCAAGGAUCUAAAACUCAUAAUACCAAUAUUUCUAUACGUACAGGAUUAUAUAAUUCCUCGCACAGUACACAGCAUGAUGUUAAAAAAUGUAUUUCAUUACCAUUUUGUAGAACUUCUAAAUCACUUAAUGUAUUGAAAACUAAUCAACACAUAGAAAACAGGAAUUUAUUGAGUAAAGAUACAAGUAGAAAUUUAGAUGGGAAGGCUCAAACAGUUAAUUCAAAUGAGUUUCCCAAGCGUGUUAAUUAUGUUUCUCUUAAUACAGUGAAAUCAGAACCAGAAAAAAUAAAAUUAACUAAACAUAUAGACACAGAAUCAAGUGCUACUGAAAAUGAUGCAAGUCCAAAUUCUUGUUAUCAACAUGAAUCUAAUAAUGCGCAUGAAGAAUUGACAAAUGAUACAAAAGAGACAUGUAAAAGUACUGUAAAUAUUUCUGGUGUACCUAACAACACAUUGAAGCUGAUGAACUGCGUGCAUAGAAAUGAAAUUGCAGCGCAUAAAAUUAUAUCUAAAGAAGUACAAGAUUCAAAGUCACUUGAAUUUCUUGAUUCACUAACGCCGGAUGAAAUUCUCCAUUUAAUUAAUGAGAAAGGUCAUCCUUUAUCAGAGUUGCUGAUGGGUAACAUGAUAGGAUUAACAUCAGAACAGUCCAUGGCAUAUAAAACACAAAAUUUACUAACAGCCCAAUCAGAAGUAAAAAAUAAAAUAACGACACGAAAAAAUGUGGGUGAAAUAAAAGAGAAGAAAAAUUUUGAGACCAUUUCGGAUGACUUAAUUGGAUCAAGAUGUUAUAAGUUCAGACGUCGUAGAAGAUUGCCUCGAAAGAUGAUAGGUAAAUCAGAAACAAAAAAGCAUAACAAAAUACACAAUGAAAAGUUACAAAAGAGUUCUAUACAGCCCUUAGAUGUUUUAGGCAACAGUUUGACAUCUCUUCACAUAUAUAAUCAUUCUCAAAGAAAUAUUCCAGAAGAAGACAUUUCCUAUUUAAACGAAUGUAGCAACGAUUUAAACAAUAAAAGGAUGAAACAAAAUAAUUUACAAAAGAGAAAAUCGAAUUCUUUACAGGAAUCGACGAAAAGUAUUAAAAAGAAUGUUGACAGUAAAACUGAAACAAAAAUGCGUUUACAAGCUAUGAGAUCAAUCAAGUCUUCAAUCAAAAAACAUAUAAAUAAAAAACAGAGAAGAGAAAUUGCAAAUUUAUUAAUAGAUGCAAAAAUUGGUCCUAAAAUACGUGGUCCACGAAAUAGAAGAUUGCGAUCUAUAAAUAGUACUUAUGCUAAACAAUCAUUUGAACGUUUUGGUACCACUAUGUAUGCUUUAAAUAAACGUCAGAUCAGUUCAGAGCAAUCUACUUUUAAAAAUAGAAGUAAACUUACAAACAUCAAUAGUUAUAAACGUAUUAAAAAUAAACAAACUGGAGAUGUUAAAAGAUCAGAAUCGAAUCAAGUAAAGAUACAGAAGAAUCUUACAGUUUCUAAAAAAGAUAAAGAUCAUAUUAUAGAAAAAUUGCUUAAUAAUAGUAGUACUGCCACUAAGGCAACUACCACUAUUACUGCUCCUGCUGCAAAUAAUAAUAAUAAUAAUAUCAAUAUUAACAGCAAAAGUAAAGAUGUAACGUUGAUUCAAAAUCGGAAAAGAAAAUUGAAGCAAAUAGAUUCUGAGGAUUCAAAAUUCUGUAAAGUCGAAGAGGAGUUACGUAGUAAUUCUGCAAAAGAAAUUUCAAAGCCUUGCAAAGCGGAUGCAAUUACUCAAUGUUCUCUGAUUAAAGAGCCACUAACAAAGAAUUUGAAAUCAAACAGUCUUAAUCAAAGUAAUGUCCGUAACGAGCAAUACACUUUCAUCAAAAUAGAAUACGGUGAUGUUAAAGAUACAAAGCCUGAUGUAUACGAAGUUAUGAAAUUAGAUAAUAAAACUAAAAGUUAUAACACAUCCGAAUCUGGUAAGAAUCGUACGCCUUGUGAAGAAACUGUAUGUAAUAUAGAAAAUUCUAAAAGUAAAAAUAUAAAAUUAUUCACUAAUGAUAUCUUAAAUGCUAAAGAACAAAGCGGAUCUUCGCCGAAAAGAAUAUCCGCAUUCGUACCUGUUAACAUUCCAGAUAAUGAUCUAAAAAUUGCUCGUUUAAGAUCGAUAGGAUUCAAACCAAUAACUUGUAACAACAGCGAUGAAGAUGUUAAUAAUCUAAGUAAAGGAAAUUGUUCUGUGAUUUUAAAUAACAAAUUAGUAAAACAAAAUGUUACUGAGAAAUACAAUAAAUAUGCGAGUGAGGAAACAAAUGUUGUUGUGUACAUGGAUGAUAAUUUACAGUAUCAAGAUAUUGAAAACGAAGAUAAAAAUUGUUUGUCUGCUAGGUGCAAAGCAUCAAGUUCAAAGAAUUGUACAGUAAAAGAUGAACAAUUAAAUAGAGUGGCUUUAAAGAAAGAAUCGUAUAAUAAUUUGUUAUUAGAACAAGACUUAGAAUUACCUUGGCACGGGUGGAAAAAAGUUGUAACAAAUAAAGAUACGUAUUGGAUUGGUUGGUAAAAUAAAUAUAGAUCUUGUGCAAAAUAAAUUCAUAAAUGCAUACAUACACGCAUACACUUUGCCAAAAUAAAGGCUGUUAAUAAAACGCUAAAUUAUUUUUUCACUAAUAGUUGUAAUAUUUCAAUGCAUUGAUGCUAUUAUAAAUAAUGCUUUUAUAGGACAAAUAUUUGAUUUUUUUAGUUGAAGUAAUCUAUAUUUAAAUCACUUUCACUAAUCUUAUUAUAACAUUUAGUAAGUAGUUUACUAAUAAGAACGUGGAACACUAAUUGUUAAUUGUACCAAAACAAUGAUUUAUUUUAAAAAAAAUGAAUUUUAUUGUUAUUUCAUGGAGCAGAAUAAUGUACUCUCUCCAUAAAUAUAAUUUAUGUAUACACAAACUAUUCUGUUGUAUAGAAAAUAAAGUUUAAUUAUGACCAAGAUUAAGAUCUAUUUCCAUUUCUUAAAAUAUUUAAAACAUGUAAGGUAUAAAAUCAAAGCGUAAAAUCAACAACUUAUAACACUAAGUAUUAAGUAUUUAUACAUAGAUAAGAUAAAUGCGCUGAAGGAAAGUUCUUUAAUUUUUGAAUUAUUACAUUCUAUUUUAACGAUAUAUACAUUCAUUGAUUUUUUAAUCUAGGACGCAAAGAUUUUUGUGGCUCUUUCAUAUAUAGUUCUUGGACGUGUGUAAUAAUUAGAAGCAUCUGUCCCAGUGUAAUUUAUAAAAUAAAUAUUUUUCAUUGAAAAAAUUAAUUUGAUAUAAAUGAGAAAUGCUGG